GCCGCCAACAGAAUGAUAAUUACUACUUUCCGUAAUACUUGAUGCCCUGGAUUGAAGAAAGUGAAUCAUCAUAAGUUUCUGUAAUCUUUAGUCAAGAGCUUUUUCCAUCUCUAGAGAAUCAGAAUCUCAGAAUACCAUUUCAUGAUUUUUGUUGCUGCCGCAUAAAUUGCAUAUGCCGGACAACAAUGAAGCGAACAAAAAGAUCGAAUAACGAAUGGCUAAUAUCUUGAGCCUGUGAGGGUAACGAACGAAGUAGAGAAAUCACAAGAUAGUGUUUGAAUUGAAGUGCGCGGACCAUCUAAAAUUUUCAUUCCAGGCUUCUCGUGCAUUCACGACCAAGUUCUGCUGUGUCAGUUUGUCUCGGUUAUAUUCGAUUCCAAUAUCACUACGGCGACCGAAUGGAGUAACUUUGUAUAGAAGAUGCCAAACUGACAGGGAAGGAGAGCGUUCUGGUGCGUCAGGGCACGAAGAACAUUUGUCAAACCCUGAAAAAGAUUCGAUCGUCGGACAUUCUACCGUGUGAUCUGCUAUGAGAUGGUGGUGCUCUCCUGGAAGAAAAUACGUGUUCAAAACCCUUUGGAAAUGUCGGGACGGUAUCAAAGAGUGGACGUCUCUUCCCUCCAAGGUCGAGAAGGCUCAACCCAGCAGAUGGCCAGCGAGAGAUCUGUCGACAUGUAGAGUAUUCAUUGUUGCUGGGGAGGCCUCCGGCGAUGCCAUUGGAAGCCGGCUCAUGGCCUCCCUGUGCAAACUGUCACCUUAUCAGCUGGAAUUCGCAGGUGUUGGAGGGCCCUUGAUGGAGAGGGAGGGAUUGAAGUCACAGUUUCCAAUGGAGGAUAUCUCAAUUAUGGGUUUAUUGGAGCUCAUUCCACAUACUCUUCGUCUCUGGAUGCGCUUGCGAGAAACGAUUGCAGCCGCUGUAAAGUUCCAACCAAAUGUCGUGAUCACCAUUGAUUCCAAGGGAUUUUCAUUUCGCUUACUUCACGGCAUUACUGACGCGUAUGCAGGAAUGUCUCAAUGUCGUCCCCUAGCUGUUCACUACGUAGCGCCUUCCUUUUGGGCUUGGAAAGGAGGUGAAGAAACUUUGAGACAUUUGUCGAAGAUUAUAGACCACAUGCUAUGCAUCCUGCCGUUUGAAGAAGCAUCAUGUCAAGCUAAUGGAAUAGGAGCGACGUUUGUGGGCCAUCCAGUUUUGGAGGAUGCUUUCCAUGUCACAGCUGUAUGAAACUGCUGAGCGCAAAAAAUGACGAUGGUCCUGAAGCGAUAACAGGCGAUGCAGCUAACUUCCGUGAGCAGCAUGGACUACAUAAGGGAUCUACACUGCUGAGCGUCUUGCCCGGAAGCAGAUUACAAGAAGUGCAGAGGAUGCUACCUAUUUUUGAGAGUGCAAUGACACGUUUGCAAAAUUCCGACCCGGACUUGACUGUUGUAAUACCAACUGCCCAACCUGGUUCCGUAACUAGAGCUGUGGAAGCUCUGGUGGCAAAGUGGAGAGUUCCUGUCGUUCUACUUCCUGGAGCCUCCUGUGCAGAGAAAUACAAUGCGCUUACGGCAAGCAAUGCAGCAUUGUGUACUUCAGGAACAGCAGUCCUGCAGACUCACCUGGCAAGCGUACCAUGUGUGGCGGCCUAUCGUGCUCAUCCUAUAACUGAGUAUUUUAUUCGACGACGAACCAAACUACAGUUCAUAUCCUUACCAAAUAUUCUACUCAACUCUGCUAUUAUUCCCGAAGCUCUUUUUGGAGCAUGCACUGCUGGACAGAUUGUUUCCUACCUAAGGCCUUUGAUUGACGACGAGAUAGUGCGGAAAAAGCAGCUCCUCAGAGCUGAGGAGUUGAGGGAUCUUUUAAGCCCUGUCACGCAUGAGAUGUCAAUCAGCAGUACGAUGGGCUCCAGCUCUUUGGAAAAUAGGAUUAUGCCCAGAAAACCAAGUUUUGUUGCAGCAUCCUGUAUCCUCAAACUAUUGGAGGACAGAGCCCAUCGAAUAAAAGCAGGAAGCUCAUUGUGAUGCUAUUUGCUCCUGUAGCCUAUACGUUGUGUAUUUAUAUGUAUCAUCAAGGCUGCAAUUUGUGGAGAUACAGAGUAAGCCUUUGCUUCCAUAGUGAUGAAAUGACUUGUAAAAAUUUGGUACUUAUGAAGACAACAUGGGAAAAUUAAACUUGAGACUGG